AUGGUUACUGGUGUUUGGACUGAUGAUGCGAAUUUGCAACUUAAGGCUACCACACAGUUUAGGGAAUUGCUUUCAGUUGAAAAAAGUCCACCUAUUGACAAAGUAAUACAACCUGGAGUUGUUCCUCGCUUUGUUGAGUUCCUUGAGAGGGAAGAUUUCCCACAGCUUCAGUUUGAGGCAGCCUGGGUACUCACAAAUAUUGCUUCUGGGACAUCUGAGAACACGAAGGUGGCGAUUGAUCACAGGGCUGUUCCGAAAUUCGUCAAGUUACUUGGUUCCCGAAGUGAUGAUGUUCGCGAGCAGUCGAUCUGGGCAUUAGGAAAUGUUGCCGGUGAUUCUCCUGCAAGUCGUGAUAUUGUACUUGGACGUGGUGCUUUGCUUCCUUUAUUGGCCCAUUUGAAUGAGCAUCCUAAACUUACUGUGCUGAGAAUUGUUACAUGGACCCUGUUAAACUUUUUUCGGGGCAAGCCCCGGCCCCCAUUUGAUCAGGUUAAGCCUGCACUUCCAACAUUGGCACGUCUUAUUCAUUCAAAUGAUGAACAAGUCCUAUCUGAUGCAUGUUGGGCAUUCUCAUAUCUUUCUGAUGGCACAAAUGCUGAAAUCCAACCCGUCAUUGAAGCUGGCGUAUGCAGGCGUCUGGUGGAACUUUUGCAUGUAUCAUCGGUCAUCAGGCGUUGCCAUGCCUUUCGAAACUUUUGCCAAAAAAGAAUAAAAUGAGCAUCAAGAAGGAAGCUUGUCGAACCAUCUCAAAUAUCACAGCAAAAAAUAAGGAGCAUAUACAAGCUUUGAUUGAAGCUGAUAUUAUUGCUCCUCUGGUUCAUCUACUAAAAAGUGGUGAAACACUUGAUCUUAAGGGAGAAGCUGCACGGGCAAUCUCACAUAUCACAUCUCAUGCGACUGAAAAUCAGAUCAAGUAUGAAAAUGAUUUCCGAUAUAUAUUCGUUGUUUGGAAUGAUUUCUUGGUAGACAGGAUAAAUUACCUCAUCUGGUGGCAUUUGUCACAAUGUUUCAGUUUUCUUGUAAGUCAAGGUUGCUUUAAGCCGUUGUGUGAUCUUCUUAACUGUCGCGAUCCAAGUAUAAUUGAAGUUAGCUUAGAAGGGCUUGAAAACAUUUUAAAGAUAGGAGGAGCUGCAAGGCCCAUGUCAAAUGCCACAUCUCAUGAGACUCGUGAUCAGAUCAGGUUCCUUGUUAAUCAUGGUUGCAUCAAGUCGUUGUGUGAUCUUCUUAUUCGUCGCGAUCCGAGUAUAAUUGGGGUUUGCUUACAAGGGCUUGAAAACAUUCUAGAGGUUGGAGAAGCUGAUAAAACUAAAGGCACAACUGGAGGAGUGAAUCCCUAUGCAAUAAUUAUUAGUGAUGCAACGGGUAAAAAUGUGAUAGACCAUUUACUGUAUCAUGAUAAUAAUGAGAUUCGUGAAAAGGCUCGUAAAGUUUUCGGGUUUGAGUAGAGGCGGAGGUAACAUGACGAUCUACUACUAUCUCCAUUUCAUGCAUGUGUUGCAGUGUUAAUUCAGACAGGGAUCGAGAGUUCUCUGGUUUUUCCUUUUUUAUCCAAAGUUGUCUGCAAUUUGAUAUUUCAGGGAGAUACAUCGCCUUGGAUUGUAGCGCUUAUGGAAA